AUGACCUCAAAUACCACCGAGACUAGUGCUAUAUACAAUCAUCUCCAUAAUAAUGUUCUCGAAACCACGGAAUCACUCGAUAGAACCGGAAGUGCCGUGAAACCAACAAACCCUCUGGACUCCACCAAGGUCACAGUCGAGUUAGAAGCAACGAAUGUCUCAACGAACCUGGCCAUACUUCCGGUUUUAGCUAUUUUGAUAUUUUUAACGUGUGUUUGUUUAAAGUGUUGUAGCUGGUUUCGGGACAGUGUUAAAGAUCGUGAUGAAGGAGAUGUUGAGAAUUCGGGAUUUAUUAUCCUUAACGAAGGAGACAACGAAUACAAGGAUGUGGAAUUUCGUUCAGAUACAAACUCCUGUUACGACACCGUUUCCUCUUAUACGUCGUUCAUCAAACGUAAUAAUCAGUACGAUACGGUUACGUCUAUCCGUUCGUUACAGCCAUCCAGACAAUGGGACGCGUACAAUACCUAUAAUUCUUACCGAUCAUUUCUGCUGCAGCGAUUAGACGGAUCAAAAUAUAACACUGUCAAUUCUGUCCGAUCUUUGUUACGGAAUGCGACGGAAAUGAAAGACGCCGAGGUCCAAGUUGAACUCGUAGACCCAGUGCGACGAAUAGCAUUAUCACAUGCCAGUGCACGCCGCCACAAUUCUAUCGACGCAAUUCCGUUGCACAACCGCAGUUCAUCGGAAUCUGGUUAUACGGAUGAGAUCAAACAGCAUCGUGAUCUGAAACGUGGCCAUCGACAUCGUGUGUCAUUUGUAGACAGUAAGGGUCCGAAAAGAGUUGUUGAUGGUCGAUCGUUGUCAAUGGACGCUUCACAUUUACCGCUGACUGAUGAUAAUGUUCACAAAAAUUCCCUUUCGUUGAAACAUCUGUGGGGUAUUCGAGAUCAACCACGAUUGAAUCCCGCAAACAGAUAUUCCCCACCAAGGAGUCUUCCCAAAAGACCUUCACCUCCACAAGUCAGACACCCGCAGCUGGUUGACGCAGCUACGUCUCCGACCAUGGAUCAUACUACUCCCAGUCGGAAACAUAGAUUUAAGGUUACCAAGGCUGAUGAAUCUCAACUUCCAACAAAGGUACAAAAGCAAAAUCAAAAACACUGUGCAUCGAAAUCAGACGAUCCAAAUAACAAAAUGUUAAACUCAGCAACGUCUACAAGUGAACAUUGUGACACUAAUGCACUUGCGUCUUGUGAACAGCCAUCGCUUUUGCGUAGCUGUCAUCGACACUCUACGAAAAUCAACGAACAUACGAAACAUAUCAAAACGAACAUCUGUGAAAAAUCCAAUGGUGAUAAACCUGCGAACCAACUUCACAUCAGUUGUGACUCUGACGCACACGAACAGUUCAGACGGGAACAUAACAGCUGUAGACCAGCUCAGACUUUUCAUUCCAACGAAUCCAACGACCAGGCAUACUUAUCUUACGAAACGCCAGCGGCAUCAUUCGUAAAUGCCAAUGAAUGCCACAAUGCUAACAUAGAUUUCGAUUCAAACAUCAAAUUGGCGACUAUCAAUGAUGUUUCUAAAGACACAGAUGGUUAUCCGGAAAUAUGCUCACCGAGACGCAAUCAAAUUGACGACGAGGAGCAGGACGUGGGGUUCUGCAGUGACGAUACAGAUAGUGGCGUAUGUAAUGAACUAACUGCAUUCCUUAAUGAAGAAGACACUCGGCUUUAA